AGGAAGUAGUGCUGUGUGCUUUCUCGGCGUCGCUAGUGACAGACAGUAGCUAGGUAAGGUUAGCUAACGCUAGCUAAUAAUGGCUUCUCUGGACAGAGUAAAAGUGCUGGUGUUGGGAGAUUCUGGCGUUGGGAAAUCUUCUUUAGUUCAUCUGGUGUGUCAAAAUCAAGUGCUGGGAAAUCCUUCAUGGACAGUAGGCUGCUCUGUGGACGUCAGGGUUCACGACUAUAAAGAGGGCACGCCAGAGGAGAAGACCUAUUACAUUGAACUGUGGGAUGUUGGAGGUUCAGUUGGAAGUGCCAGUAGUGUCAAAAGUACCAGAGCGGUUUUCUACAAUUCAGUUAAUGGCAUAAUUCUAGUCCAUGACCUGACCAAUAAGAAAUCCUCCCAGAACCUGUAUCGCUGGUCGAUGGAGGCACUAAACAAAGACUCGUCGCCUACAGGGGUGAUCGUGUCCAAUGGGGAUUAUGACAGAGAGCAGUUUGCAGAGAACCCCAUUCCUCUCCUGAUUAUCGGCACCAAAUAUGAUCAGAUACCUGAAAACAAGCGCAGUGAUGUUCUGACCCGCACCGCCUUCCUGUCUGAAGACUUCAACGCAGAGGAGAUCAACCUGGACUCCACAAAUCCACGUUAUUUUGCUGCUGGCUCAUCUAAUGCUGUGAAACUGAGCAGAUUUUUUGACAAAGUUAUCGAGAAGAGAUACUUCACCAGAGACCCCAGCCAGUUGACGGGCUUCACAGACAGAAAGCGCUUUAACUUCAAGAGUCUUCACUACGACUGAACGCGGAUAAACACUGCAGCGGCUUGUGGUUUUUGUUCUGGUUACUACUAUCUCUGCUACAAACGCGUUUCUCACGACUGCAUGUACGUCUGAGAAGGUUUGCGGUUUAUUUCACUAGUGAAAGUACCUUAAAAUAAGCAGGAUCAUAAGAUCAUAAGAUCUUAAGAUAUGGUGUACCUUAAAGUCCAUUUAAGGUAUAUCUCUACAAAAUACUAAGAAGAUUCCCCCCAAAUUAAGCUUAAUAAAAAUAUAAAAAAUGUAAAUGACAGAAAUACUGUUUCAUAUAUGCCCCAUUGAAUUAGUUAUAGUCCAAUGUAGAUAAAUAUGAAUUAUAUCUCAGCAAUGUUUUUCCUUUUGUUGUUGAUGAUCUUUGUAAUUCAUGCCUUUGCAUAUAUUUGUAUUUUGCUAUAUUAGCAAAUAUAUAAAUCUCAGAAAACUCUUGAAAUACUCUUGUAUAUAUUGUUGUUGAAGAGCAGCGACAGUAAAUGAAGAAUAAAGAAAUGACAAUAAUAAUGACAAAAACACUUCUGA